AUGCGUCUCUCCUCGAGUCGCAGGAAGAGCGCUCUGGUUCCUCUGUUGCAGAAAUGGCAGGACAUCAUCAAAGAGGUGAAGUUUCUACAGAAGCUCCGUCACCCCAACACCAUCGAGUACCGUGGCUGCUACCUCCGAGAGCACACGGCCUGGCUGGUGAUGGAGUACUGCCUGGGCUCUGCCUCUGACCUGCUGGAAGUGCAUAAGAAGCCGCUCCAGGAAGUGGAGAUCGCUGCCAUUACCCAUGGUGCACUGCUGGGCCUUGCCUACCUACACUCCCACAACAUGAUCCACAGGGACGUGAAGGCAGGGAACAUCCUCCUGACUGAGCCAGGACAGGUCAAACUGGGAGACUUCGGAUCGGCCUCCAUCGUGGCUCCAGCCAACUCCUUUGUGGGCACCCCCUACUGGAUGGCUCCGGAGGUGAUCCUGGCCAUGGACGAGGGUCAGUACGAUGGGAAAGUGGACGUGUGGUCUCUGGGCAUCACCUCCAUCGAACUCGCCGAGAGGAAGCCCCCCCUCUUCAACAUGAACGCAAUGAGUGCCUUAUAUCACAUCGCCCAGAACGAGAGCCCAGUGCUGCAGUCCAACCACUGGUCGGACUCGUUCCGUAACUUCGUGGACUCAUGUCUUCAGAAGAUUCCACAGGACCGUCCUACCUCUGACGUGCUGCUGAAUCACCGCUUCCUGUCCCGUGAGCGCCCGAUCACUGUGGUCAUGGACCUCAUCGCUCGCACCAAAGACGCUGUGCGAGAACUCGACAACCUGCAGUACCGAAAGAUGAAGAAGAUUCUCUUCCAGGAGACGCAGGCCAACGGACCAGGCCCAGAGGGAGGAGACGAGGAGGAGGAGGAGGCGCAGUACCUCAUGCGUUCUGGGACCGUGAACUCCAUGGAGAGCUCCCAGUCUGUUCCCAGUAUGUCGAUCUCGGCCAGUUCACAAAGCAGCUCCGUAAACUCCCUCGCCGACGCUUCGGACGACAGCGAGGGAGAGAUGGCCAUGAUGCAGGAGGGCGAGCACACGGUGGCCUCCAACAGCUCCAUCAUCCACCGGCCCACGAACCAGGACAACAUCUAUGACGACCCAUACCAGCCGGAGAUGGAGCAGGUGCAGGCGCCCUCUGCUGGCCGCCGCAGGGCCUACUACAGGAACAGAGACCACUUUGCCACGAUCCGCACGGCAUCUCUGGUCACGCGUCAGAUCCAGGAGCACGAGCAGGGCUCCGCUCUCCGGGAGCAGAUGUCUGGGUACAAGCGCAUGAGGAGGCAGCACCAGAAGCAGCUCAUGGGUCUGGAGAACAAGCUGAAGGCCGAGAUGGACGAGCACCAACUCAAACUGGACAAAGAACUGGAGGCUCAAAGGAACGGCUUCACCUCUGAGGCCGACAAGAUCCUGAAGAAACACCAGGCCAUUGUGGAGAAGGAGACCAAAGCUGCUCUGACUGAAGAGAAGAAGUUCCAGCAGCACAUUCUGGGCCAACAGAAGAAAGAGCUGACGAGUCUGUUGGAGAACCAGAAACGGCAAUACAGGGCGAGGAAGGACCAGCUGAAAGAGGAGCUGAACGAGAACCAGUCGACCCCGAAGAGGGAGAAGCAGGAGUGGCUGAUGAGGCAGAAGGAAUGUCUGCAGCAGGUCCAGGCCGAAGAGGAGAACAACCUCCUGAGGAGACAGCGCCAGUACUACGAACUACAGAGCAGGCAGUACAAGAGGAAGAUGCUGCUGGCCAGACACAACCUGGAGCAGGACCUGAUGAGAGAGGUGAGACUGGAGGGAGAGGGGGUGAAGGCAGGGGAGGGAGAGGGGGUGAAGGCAGGGGAGGUGAGACUGGAGGGAGAGGGGGUGAAGGCAGGGGAGGUGAGACUGGAGGGAGAGGGGGUGAAGGCAGGGGAGGUGAGACUGGAGGGAGAGGGGGUGAAGGCAGGGGAGGUGAGACUGGGGGGAGAGGGGGUGAAGGCAGGGGAGGUGAGACUGGGGGGAGAGGGGGUGAAGGCAGGGGAGGUGAGACUGGGGGGAGAGGAGGUGAAGGCAGGGGAGGUGAGACUGGGGGGAGAGGAGGUGAAGGCAGGGGAGGCAGGGGAGGUGAGACUGGGGGGAGAGGAGGUGAAGGCAGGGGAGGUGAGACUGGGGGGAGAGGGGGUGAAGGCAGGGGAGGUGAGACUGGAGGGAGAGGGGGUGAAGGCAGGGGAGGUGAGACUGGGGGGAGAGGGGGUGAAGGCAGGGGAGGUGAGACUGGAGGGAGAGGGGGUGAAGGCAGGGGAGGUGAGACUGGGGGGAGAGGGGGUGAAGGCAGGGGAGGUGAGACUGGGGGGAGAGGGGGUGAAGGCAGGGGAGGUGAGACUGGAGGGAGAGGGGGUGAAGGCAGGGGAGGUGAGACUGGGGGGAGAGGGGGUGAAGGCAGGGGAGGUGAGACUGGAGGGAGAGGGGGUGAAGGCAGGGGAGGUGAGACUGGGGGGAGAGGGGGUGAAGGCAGGGGAGGUGAGACUGGGGGGAGAGGAGGUGAAGGCAGGGGAGGUGAGACUGGGGGGAGAGGAGGUGAAGGCAGGGGAGAGGGCUACUGAGGAGCUGAACAAGAAGCAGACUCAGAAGGACCUGGAGAGGGCCAUGCUCCUGCGGCACCAUGAGUCCACACAGGAGCUGGAGUUCCGCCAGUUGGCCCUGGUGCAGAGGACCCGAGCCGAGCUGAUCCGGACCCAGCACCAAACAGAACUCACCAACCAGAUGGAGUACAACAAGAGGAGAGAGCAGGAGCUGAGGCAGAAGCACAGUGUGGAGGUCCGACAGCAACCCAAGAGCCUGAAGACAAAGGAGCUGCAGAUCAAGCGUCAGUUCCAGGAGACAUGUAAGAUUCAGACCCGUCAGUACAAGGCUCUGAGGAACCACCUCCUGGAGAGCACUCCCAAAGUCGACCACAAGGCGGUGCUCAAGAGACUCAAAGAGGAGCAGACCCGCAAACUGGCCAUACUCGCAGAGCAAUACGACCACUCUGUCAACGACAUGCUGUCCACUCAGGCGGUCAGCAAGCUACGUUUGGACGAGACUCAGGAGGCCGAGUACCAGGUCCUGAGGAUGCAGCUGCAACAGGAACUGGAACUACUCAACGCUUAUCAAAGCAAAAUCAAGAUUCACACGGACUCCCAGCAUGAGAGGGAGGCCAAGGAGCUGGAGCAAAGAGUGUCCAUAAGGCGAGCCCUGUUGGAACAGAGGAUAGAGGAGGAGAUGCUGUCCCUCCAGAACGAGCGCUCUGAGAGGAUCCGGUCCCUGCUGGAGCGUCAGGCCCAUGAGAUCGAGGCCUUUGACUCGGAGAGCAUGCGUCUGGGCUUCAGUAACAUGGCAUUAGGAGGGAUCCCAGCAGAGGCCUACACUCAAGGCUACACGUCCUCUGGCCCUGCCCCCUCAGGCUCCGCCCCAUGGCCCCGCCCCGUCCCCCGCUCUGGCUCGCACUGGUCCCACAGCGUGUCAUCGUCCUCCACCCCGUCCUGGAGGAGCCACGGGUUCAGCCGGGCCGAGAGCGUGGGCUUUGGGCACGAGCAGAGGUGA